ACCUCUUCGUACUUGUUCUCGGCUAGUGUUGAGGGAGCGGGAGAAAUCUGUGGAAGAGAUUUGCAACGAGUUCAAGGAAAUUAUAGUGGGACGGACCCGGUUAUGGAUGUUGAUGAGUCGUUCGUGUUCAAGGAAUCGAUCGAUGUGACUUCAUGA